AUGGCAUUCUCUCCUUCUUACGGGAGGUUUUGCCCGGUUGAGACACCGAAGGCAUCACCUCGAAAAAUUCUCUCUCGGGACGGGGUUGGAGUUGACCAGUUUGUAGACCGAGAAAGGGAACUUGCGUUCCUCGAAAUGCUGGGUUCGCUCAACAUCGGGCCUUCGAUCUUGGCCUUAUUUCAGAAUG